AUGUACGUGAGCUACCUUCUGGACAAGGACGUGAGCAUGUACCCCAGCUCUGUGCGCCACUCUGGUGGCCUCAACCUGGCACCGCAGAACUUCGUCAGCCCCCCUCAGUACCCGGACUACGGUGGUUACCACGUGGCGGCCGCGGCUGCUGCGGCCGCGAACUUGGACAGCGCUCAGUCCCCGGGGCCGUCCUGGCCCGCAGCAUACGGUGCCCCACUCCGCGAGGACUGGAACGGCUACGGGCCGGGAGGCGCAGCGGCUGCAGCUAACGCGGUUGCCCACGGCCUCAACGGGGGCUCCCCGGCCGCCGCCAUGGGCUACAGCAGCCCUGCAGACUACCACCCGCACCAUCACCCGCAUCACCACCCGCAUCACCCGGCUGCCGCGCCUUCCUGCGCCUCAGGGUUGCUGCAGACGCUUAAUCCCGGCCCUCCCGGACCGGCUGCCACUGCCGCUGCGGAGCAGCUGUCCCCGGGCGGCCAGCGGCGGAACCUGUGCGAGUGGAUGCGGAAGCCAGCGCAACCGUCCCUCGGAAGCCAAGUGAAAACCAGAACGAAAGACAAAUACCGAGUGGUGUACACGGACCACCAGCGGCUGGAACUGGAGAAGGAGUUUCACUACAGUCGCUACAUCACCAUUCGGAGGAAAGCUGAGCUGGCUGCCACACUGGGGCUCUCUGAGAGACAGGUUAAAAUUUGGUUUCAGAACCGCAGAGCAAAGGAAAGGAAAAUCAACAAGAAGAAGUUACAGCAACAGCAGCAGCAGCAGCCCCAGCCGCCUCCCCAACAGCCUCCCCAGCCACAGCCGGGGCCUCUGAGAAGUGUCCCGGAGCCCUUGAGUCCUGUGUCUUCCCUCCAAGGCUCAGUGCCUGGCUCUGUCCCUGGGGUUCUGGGGCCAACUGGGGGGGUGUUAAACCCCACUGUCACCCAGUGA